AUGCAAGGAAAUGAACAACAUAUAAAACCUCGUCCACCUUCUAAGGAGGAUGCUGAGUCCCUUACUGAAAUUACCGUUGUAAUCGAUGAAAACGAGGUUUUAGCUCUAAAAUUGAAUACCAAAAACAAAUUAUACAAGAUAAGAGAAAAGCUUGUGAAAUAUGAAGAGAAAGAAAUGACAAACAAUGUUAAUUUUACAAAGAAUGGUGUAAUAAUUAGCAUUAAUGAUGAAAAAAAAUUUAAAUUGGAAGAAAUUUUGGUUGAGAAUAAAGUUUAUCUUAAAAAAAAACCAAGUUGGCAUGAUUUGGUAAAGAAAUUUAAGCUUGAAUAUGGACGUAACUACGAAGAAAACAAAGAUAAAGUAGUGAAGAAAAAAGCUGUCAUUAUUGAGGAUUGCGAAUUUGAUGUGUUUACUACAGAUGAAUAUUAUUACGAUGAUGUAACGAUCUCAUCCACCGAUGAAUUGAUUCAAAAUAAAAGUUUAUUUCUAAAAGCACAAAUAGAAAUCCCGUCUACUACAAAGUUAGGUCUUUCAAUAGAGUCAGCAAAGAAUUCUCAGGGCCAUUCCGAAACAGCAUUAAAAUUUUAUGCUAAAAAUUUUGGCAAGGCGAAAAUUUCUUUUCAAAAGCAAAAUGUCGUGCUUACGCAAGAAUUCCAAAACGAAGUGCAAAAGGCAAUCGAUUCACGAGACCAAAAACAAAAAAUUAAUAGUAUUAAUAAAAUUAUUGCAGAAUUUGGCCAAUUUAUUCCUACUACAAUCCAAUUUGGAGGAAGACUUUAUUAUGAAGAUACGACCAAUACGACCAAAAAUUCGGCAAACAAUAAUAUAGAAAGCUCGGUGAACCUCAGUAUUUAUGGACAAGGCCUGGAGUUUCAGCAUAAAUCUGGCAUAAGCAACAAAAAUGAAAGUACCAUGCAACACAAAGGCUCGUUUAUUUUCGGAGGAGAUAAGAUAAAAAUAUAUGAAGGCAAAGAAGCUGAAUGGGUAUCUUCUUUACAAGAUUUUAGAUAUUGGGAACCAAUCGAAUUUCAAGAACCCGUAAGCAUCUUUGAGUUUUUAGAUGAUGAUUUAAAAAAGAAAAUAAAAAAAAUUAUUGGAAAAAGGAUUAUUUACUCUAAAGUUCAAGAUUAUAGUUAUAAAAUUAAUAAUUUGAACAAUCACAUAGUCAAUUUAGAAAUGCCCGACAAUGUUCAAACAAUUUUCUCAGACUCUGAAAUUGAUUCGCAAGUUUUUGCUACAAUUCUUAAUAUGGAUGAAAAUAAUGAUAUAUUCACUUACACAUUAUAUACUCCAAAAGAUUCUAAUGUUCCAAAACUUAUCAUUAAUUGCAUUUCCAAUAAUGGGCAACCAAGAAAAUGUCAUAUUAAAAUAGGCUGGAUAGUUGUUGGGUAUGACCCAAACAUUAAGUCUGAUCUUCUGAAUCCUGAUUUUCACCUUCAAAGUAUUCAAAGUACUAAGAAGAAACCUGCUCCGUCUAAUAACAAACAUGCAUUCAAAAUGACUGAAGACAAUCCUCUAGUAGCAUGCGGCAUACCCGUAGUGUCUGAAGUGAGACUUGGUCGUGAACGUUUGGUUAUUGGUUAUCAUUUUAGUUUUUGUGAAGCUGCAGAAAAAACCUAUACAUGUCUUUAUGGAUAUGAUUUAUACGAAAAGAAAUUUUCUAAUUUUCCUAACACUAAUAUUGAAUUCAAUGUACUGUCUUUUAUCGAACAUCCAGGUUCAAACAUAUUAGAUCAUUUCAGGGAAGUAGAUCGAAAGAAAAAAAAUCAAGGUUAUAAAAUACCGGUUCCAUUCAUGGAAAAAAAUAAAAAGCAUGCAACUGAUAAUAAAUUGCCAGAAUUUGUCAGUUUGUAUGUAAACAAAGUAGGACAAUGCCAGCAAUGUAUCCCUGAAUUUAUUGCCAAAAAGCUCGAACAUUUUAUUCUUGAGCAACCUGAAUGUAAGAAUGCGAUUAAGGAAAAUCGGUUUGCUACUGUUUUUAACCCUGAAGCCGCUAAGAAAUAA